UGCUGUUGGUGUGACGUAUAAUCUAGUGGACGGAACGCUUCUUUCAACAGCAGCAACAGUUCGUCAGCCACCUCGGUAGCUUGCUAGACAAAUAGCCGAACCAAUAAAGCUCUUUAGACGCUUUAGUGUAUAUUAGCCACUGUGUUUUAAACCCUACUUCUGUGGUCUAGUUAGUUAUCGGAUUGAAUUCUAUAUUAAUGGUGUUGUUGUUAUUAGUCGGGCUGGUUAAGUUAGCAUUAGCCUAGCUAACAUCCCCGACCAUGCAGUCACCAAGCUACUCUCCUUCUAAUGAAGAGAAGGAUAUCACAGUAAAUCAAGAAGUAGGGAUGGUUAUUACUGUGAAAGAAGAGGAGGACGCGUUCAGAGUGAAAGACGAGGAAGAUAUCACAGUAAAACAAGAAGUAGAGAGUGGGGCCGUUACUGUGAAAGAAGAGGAGGGCGCGUUCAGAGUGAAAGAGGAGGAAGAUAUCACAGUAAAACAAGAAGUAGAGAGUGGGGCCGUUACUGUGAAAGAAGAGGAUGGCGCGUUCAGAGUGAAAGAGGAGGAUGAUGUCACAGUAAAAGGAGAGGAAGAUGCAGUUUAUGGCGUGAAAGAGGAGGGGGAGGAGAUUACUUUUACAUCGAAAAAGGAGGAGGAAGAAGAGGAGGAACCUGGAUAUCUGGGCCCGGUUUCCCAAACGCAUCUUAAGGCAUCCAAUGGUUCUAACGAUGAAUUUAACCAUAAGAUGGUUUUGAGAAACCGUUCCCUGAUUAAAACUAGAGAGAGACGUGACUAUCGUGGAUCCUCUGGGGAGCCUCAACAACGUCAUGAUGCUGAGGAGACAGAGAAGAGUCUCUCCAGAUCAGAACACCUCAAUAAACACCCACAGAGACCCACAGGGAAGAGAACUCACUGCUGCUCUGACUGUGGGAAGAGAUUCACAUCAUCAGGCAUUAAAAUUCAUCAGAGAACACACACAGGAGAGAAAUCUUAUAGCUGUGAUCAAUGUGGGAAGAGAUUUGGACAACCUGGAGAUCUGACCGUACACAAGAGAACACACACAAGAGAGAAACGUUAUAGCUGUGAUCAUUGUGGGAAGAGUUUUGUUUAUGCUUGCCAUCUGACUCAACACCAGAGAACACACACAGGAGAGAAACCUUAUAGCUGUGGUCAAUGUGGGAAGAGUUUCAGUCAAUCUGGAUGUCUGACAGUGCACAAGAGAAUACACAUAGGAGAGAAACCUCAUAGCUGUGAUCAGUGUGGGAAGAGAUUUACUCAGUCACGCAGCCUGAUAUACCACCAGAGAAUACACACAGGAGAAAAACCUUAUAGCUGUGAUCAAUGUGGGAAGAGAUUUGCAAAAUCUGUCCACCUGACUCUACACCAGAGAACACACACAGGAGAGAAACCAUAUAGCUGUGAACAAUGUGGGAAGAGAUUUGCUACAUCUGGCCACCUGACAGUACACCAGAGAACACACACAGGAGAGAAACCUUAUUGCUGUGGUCAAUGUGGGAGGAGUUUUAGUCAUUCUGGAUAUCUGACAGUGCACAAGAGAAUACACACAGGAGAGAAACCUUAUAGCUGUGAUCAAUGUGGGAAGACAUUUGCGACAUCUGGCCAUCUGACUUUACACCAGAGAAUACACACAGGAGAGAAAUCUUAUAGCUGUGAUCAAUGUGGGAAGCGUUUUACCAGAUCUGACCAUCUGACUAUACACCAGAGAAUACACACAGGAGAGAAACCGUUUAGCUGUGAUCGAUGUGGGAAGAAGUACUCUGAUAAAAGAUAUCUGAUUAAACAUCAGAAAAUACAUGAAGGAGUUGUUUCAUGAUAUCAAUGAAAUGAUGUCACAAUAUAGAAUGUUUUAACAUUGCUGGAUUAUUUUAAUGAUGUCACAAUGUAGAACCCUAAAUGUUUCUCCCCUGUUCUAUUAAUUUCAACAUUAAAUGGAUAUUAUCCUCAAGGGAAAAAUCUAGGCUCUGAAUUGAAAGUACUAUUUAUGUGAUUUAACUAAAAGUGACCCACGUGAAUCAAAGUGAAACACUUCAAAAUGUAGCUAGCUGUUUUCUACAAAUUGUCCUCUAACCAGGGAUGUACACAUUACUCCCAGAUUCCGUUUGGUUUUUGCUGCGUUAGUUUUAACAGGACGUGCAACCUCAUCUCCCUCCUUUCGCACAAUUGAUUUCAACAUGAUAUUGAUGAGUGAUGACAAAUAAGUGUUGUGUUCCUUUGUUUAGCGACCCCUACAUUUAAAUGCAUCACUCCAACAUGUAGCUGACUGUCUUCUGCAGGUUGUCCUCUAACCAGGGAGGUAAAAUAUAUCUCCCAUUUCCAUGUGUUUUUUUGUGUCAGUUUCAACAGCACAUACAACCUAAUUUCCCACCUAAUCGAUAUCAGUGAUUUAUUGCUAUUUGUUAAAACAACAGUGUUUCUGGUGCUUGUGCAGUUUAUAAGGAGCUUGUUUUAAAAAUACAAGUAAUGUGAUUAUUGUGGCAGAUGUUUGUCUAUAUAGCACAUGUUAUGUUUAGGUUUUCAAUUUAUCCCCAAACUGUUCCUGCAUAUUGGUUAUUGAUUUGGACACGUUAAAACUGUGUUUUGACAUUGGGCUAUCCCACCAAGCAAAAUUAUAUUGAAAAGACGUUGAAAAUAUGACUAUGCAAUCAAAUAUUUCAUAUUUACAUUUCAUGUAACAUUUGGUAGUGAUAUUUAUUCAUGCAACCAACAUGACAAUUUUUUGGUACAAUUAUAUUGACAUUGUUGCCCUGUUUUUAGAAUAUCAGGGUUAAUUCUCACAUGUGCCAAACCAAAUGUUCUAGAGCAUGAUAUUGGGGACUGGGCCCAGAUCCAACAACAUGCCUAUCUAGUGAACCCUGAAAAGAGAGAGAAGCUCCGCAGUGAGGUGGAAAGUUAUUACGGAUAUCGCAGGAGUUUCCUCUUGAAAUCAGUCCGUGGUAAGGAAAACUUGGUUGCUGAUUAUCUCUGGGGUGGGCAGUCAAAAAGAUUUGUGUUUUGCGUCCUCUUGGGCUCGUUCCAAGAGGACGAGAGUUCUAGAAGCUAGUGAGUUGUAGGAUUCUAUAGAAAGAAAAAGGAGAAAAAAAAUAACAUGAUUCUUUAUUAUUAUUUAGGAAUAGGUGUUUUUUCUUGUUUUUAAUUGUUGACAGCCAGUAGACACCAUGUUUAUAUUGGUGAAGGUGAAGCGUUGUAGUUGAUUAUAAUGUGAAAUGGAAGUUGUUUUCUGUUGGUGGUGAGCAAACGUGUCCAACAAAAAUAUAGGAUAUGUUUGUUGUCUUAAGGGGGAAGGUGAUACAGGCUUUGGUUUUUCCAUUUAUGUUUUGAGGUUGGACUUUAGCACGUCUAUCUCGUUAGCAUGUUGGACGCACUGAUUGGUGUCACCUCGUUUGUCAGUAUGUGUUACACCUGUGCUGUACACCUGUGCUGGCUUGUCCAUCUCGUUAGUGAGAAGGUUUUUCACCUGAGCUGGUCCAGGUUCUAUUUAAGAGUGUCUGGCCCAGUGCUCCAGUUUUCUUGAUAGAUGUGACAAAUCAACACCUUCAGUUGCACUAACGUUUUGGUUUGCUUCCUGUUUUGAAGUUUGUUGUGGGUUUUUAUUUUGUUUGCCUCUUCUUGGGCAGAUUUAGUGGGUCUCAUGGUGGGUGUCUUUUAGGUCCCAGUUGUUGUUACUAGUCAACUUUCAGUGGACACUGAGAGCAAAACUUCAACAUUAUGUUAUUGUACUUUUAUUGUAUCAAAUGGUUGUUUUAUGCAACAGAAUAGAGGGUUCUUAGAACUAUUGUGUCUGUGUUCUACUGAGGAUGGGCUUCUGGGAGAAAACACUGACAGGAGAUUUACAAUGUCUUUUGGAUGAUAAAACCUAAAGAGACAGUAUUCCAGAUUGAGUUAAUGUUUCUGUUCUAUAUGUUACCAGGGAGAGAUGACCCCAGGGCCAGACCCUGGUUUCUACACAGAGUACUGUUUUUACAGCAGAUACUUAUAAUUCUCAGCAGACAGUAUCUUUCAUACAAAUCUUAACCUUGUGACCCAUUCUAUACAUCUGUUGUUGGUCAUGUAGGUUGAAAGGGGUGUAUUUUGGCUAUAUAAUACCUUUGUACUUUUGUCUCGGGGCUCUCAACAAGUAGUCUGGGGGUGAUUUGUUGACCAGCCAUCAUUAUCGUAGAGCACUCAAUUGAUUCACUUCAUAUGUGUAUGUUGUAUUGACCUUCUCCCUUAUUAAGUGAAUAAAGAUUUAGUUUAAGAAUAACUCUGA